AUGGAUAAAGAUAGGAAACCUGUAAUCAGAAGGCCUGAUGUGCUGAAGAAACUCAAUGCGGAGAAUGUACAGCUAAUAGAACGCUGUUUGCUUGGUGAUUUGCCUGACAGAUUCAAACCAAGUACUGUGCCUGUACGAGGACAUUCAAGGGAAUUGGUAGUAGCAAAGUCAUCAGGCCUCUUAUCAUCUUGUCUACCUAUUAUCCCUGACACACCAUCGCCAGAAAAAAUAUCAUCAGACGACGAAGCUGUGUCGCCGUUAAAGAAAUCAUUUAGUUUCCGAGACAAAUUCCGUAUAAACUUGUUUGGAAAAGAUAAGAUUGAGAAGCACAAAUGUAAAACAAUAGUCGAAGAUGAGAGAUCUAAAGAAGCAGCCUCCGAAGCUUCUAGUCCAAGCCACGAAACCGAUAAAGAAAAUAAGUCUGACAGUAAAUCUAGUAAACGUUUUUGGUUUUUCCGUAACCGAGAACUUAUGGAUAAAAAAACACACUCACCUAUAUACACUAGAAGUAAAAGUUUCGAAUUUCUUCCUAGAGCCAUGGAAGAGGAAGAAAGUAAAGUGAAAUUGAUAUUGAAAAAAAACAGUUUAUCUUACGCUUUUGGUAGCAGUGACACUUUGGGGGAUACGUCAGUUGACAGCUUGGAGUACAUUGCAGAUGUAUACUACGACAAAGCAGAUAAUGUCUUUCUUAAAAGUAUCAAAGAGUUGCAGGAUUCUGAUCAUAAUUCCUUCGCGUCCACUUCAACGUCAAUUUCUAGUGGGGGGUUAGUUGUAAACAUGUUGAAGACAGAAUCCGUUCAAGACUUGCUGGAUGAGUUCGACAAAACGGUUGAUAUGUUCAGUGAAAAUUAUUUGAGUGAUUGUGAACCAUACACGCGGACAUUCAACGAGUUGGCGAUCGAUGAGAAGAGAAAGAGUAUAUCUUUCACCACUUUGCCUUCUCCAAAGAUUUUACAUGUGAAUAAAGCGAAUAGAAUAAGUGAGGAGUUUAAGACUGAGUUAAACCAAAUGUUGGUAACGAAACGUCAUACUGUGUGUACGAAAUCACCGAGACGCGGUUCGGUAACGGAUUGGUUUGUGCUGGAAGAUCAAAGUGCCGCGUCAGUGAAGAGUCAAAGUGCCGCGGCGUCUGAGGCCAACAAGUAUCGUAGAGCGCAGAAGAAGCCAACUCAGAGGGUGAGGAGAAUUAGUUCUACGAAAUAUGUAAGUACAUACAGA